AUGGAGUAUGUACACACCACACCAACCCCCAUCCCCAAACAAACCCCAUAUAUAUACUACACUAUACUAACAAAAAAACAGACAACAUCAACCGACAUCGAACCCGGCCCCAACAGCACAACCAAAUGCGGCAUCCACCACUGGGCAACCCACGGCAUCGCAACCCGCGCCCUCCUCCUCGACUACCGCCACUACGCCAAAACCCACAACAUCUCCUACGACCCCUACACCCGCCACCCCAUAACCAUGUCCUCACUCCACGCCUGCGCAAAAACCCAAGGCCUAGACCUCCGGCCCGCCUCGCAAGGCGGCGACGUCCGCGUCGGCGACAUCCUCCUCAUCCGCUCCGGCUUCGUGGAACGCUACAACGAGCUUUCUCCCGCGGAGAGACAAGCGGGUGCGACCCGUGCCCAUGAGGAUUUGACCUGGGCGGGCGUGAAUCAGGAAGAGGAGAUAUUGGAUUGGUUGCAUGAUUGUUAUUUUGCGGGGGUGGCGGGGGAUUCGCCGACGUUUGAGGCUUGGCCGCCGGAGAAGGAGGGCGGUUUUAUUCAUCAGAAUAUUUUGGCGCUUUGGGGGAUGCCGUUGGGGGAGAUGUGGGAUUUGGAGGGCGUGGCGAGGAGAUGUAGGGAACUUGGGAGGUGGACUUUCUUUUUGACGAGUGCGCCGGCGAAUGUUGUCGGUGGGGUUGGGUCGCAUGCUAAUGCUACUGCUAUUUUGUAG